AUGAAAAAAGUGGGCAUAGCGCUGCCCAAAUCGCGAGGUGUGGGCGUAGGCAUAGUGGGCGCCUUUUUGCUAUUUUUUAUUUUCUACUAUUUCUAUGGGGGUUAUAUGACGCUUACGCUCUUCGCAGCCAUCCUAUUACUCAUUUUCUACCAUGCACAAGACCUGCUCUUGUACCAUCCGGACUUGCCAACGAAUUCACGCAUUUACAUACCAAUCCCAACUAUGCACAACCUGCCACAUCUUACAGUUAGCAUCAAGACGCCUGAUGACGUGACACUACACGCCUUUUGGAUCAGUCAGCCGGAGGAACGUUGCAAAUCCGUGCCCACAUUGCUAUAUUUUCAUGGCAACGCUGGAAACAUGGGUCACCGCAUGCAGAAUGUGUGGGGCAUUUAUCAUCAUCUUCAUUGCAACAUUUUAAUGGUCGAGUAUCGUGGCUAUGGCCUCUCUACGGGCGUUCCCUCGGAGCGUGGUCUGGUAACAGAUGCUCGCGCUGCAAUUGAUUAUUUGCACACACGCCACGACCUGGAUCACUCACAGCUAAUACUUUUUGGUCGCUCGCUGGGUGGCGCUGUUGUAAUCGAUGUAGCCGCCGACACCGUUUAUGGCCAGAAACUGAUGUGCGCUAUUGUGGAGAAUACGUUUACCAGCAUACGUGAUAUGGCCGUGGAACUGGUGCAUCCAUCUGUGAAAUACAUACCAAAUCUGUUGUAUAAAAAUAAGUAUCAUUCACUUAACAAGAUAAGCAAGUGCUCGGUGCCUUUUCUAUUUAUAUCGGGACUUGCAGAUAACCUAGUGCCACCGCGCAUGAUGCGUGCCUUGUAUACUAAAUGCGGUAGUGAACAGAAGCGUAUGCUUGAAUUCCCGGGAGGCUCGCACAAUGACACCUGGAUAGUAGAUGGUUACUACCAAAGCAUUGGAGGCUUUUUGUUCGAACUACAGCAGCAGCCGUCUCCGCUGCAAAAGCCACCGGAGAAGAGCAAUGUGUGGGUCGAACUGGAGCAUAAAAUAAUCGACGUUUAACUCCCAUUAUAUAUAUAUAUAUAUAUAUAUAUAUAUAUAUAUAUAUAUGUGUGUGUACACACACAACUGUGUUCUAUUGACUGUGUUAACACUGCAUUGGUAUAUUACCUAUGCAUAUAUACGUGUAUAUUAUUAUGCUAUGUAUUAUCAUGAUAUUUGCAUGUAUAUGAGUGUUUUGUAUAACUGAAUUGUGCACUAGGUUAAGCUAUCUUAGACGCUUGUAGUUCUGUUUAUGGAGUGGACAAGCCUUGAGAGCGGUAGGUUCCAUAUUUUAAAUGUUAAACUACUUAUGUAUAUUAGGUUAAUUGUUAACAUAUAACAGGAGAAUUAGUUUUAGAUUAGCCUAAACUCUAAAUCAGGUUCCGCAACUAAAUAAAUUAUUUUUAAAUUGA